UCUGUGUGCAGAACUGGCGCAAUGAGUGACAUAGUUUUAAGCAUCCAGACACUAAAAAAAUCCAACCGCAUAGAACAAUCCUGGUAAACAUCUGUUUUGGAAGAAAUUUCAUCAGGAGAGUUUUCUGCUCAACAUCAAGAUAUGCCACAGGAUGACCUUUCCUUCCAGAUUUGUGUUGAGCCUUGUAAAAGACAGCUGGGUGUAAGCCUGCGACCUGAUGACCCUGGGGAUCUUAGCCCUGGUGACGUCGACGGGCUGCGCGUCGGCCAACGCGCUGCAGUCGCUGACGGACGCCAUGCACAUCCCGCACCUGUUCGUGCAGCGCAGCACGGGCGGCUCCCCGCGCACGGCCUGCCAGCUCAACCCCAGCCUGGAGGACGAGGAGUACACCCUGGCCGCGCGCCCGCCCGUGCGCCUCAACGAUGUCAUGCUCAAGCUGGUCACCGAGCUGCGCUGGCAGAAGUUCAUCGUCUUCUACGACAGCGAUUAUGAUAUACGUGGACUGCAGGGAUUUCUCGAUCAGGCCUCCAGGCUGGGACUUGAUGUAUCCUUACAAAAAGUGGACAGGAAUAUCAGCAGAGUAUUUUCCAACCUUUUUACCACCAUGAAAACGGAAGAGCUGAACCGCUAUCGGGACACGUUGCGAAGGGCCAUCUUACUCCUGAGCCCACGGGGAGCCCAGACUUUUAUUAAUGAGGCUGUGGAAACCAACCUUGCAUCAAAGGAUAGUCACUGGGUCUAUGUAAAUGAGGAAAUCACUGAUAAUGAAAUAUUAGAGUUGGUGCAUAGUGCUCUGGGGAGGAUGACAGUUAUCCGGCAAAUUUUCCCUCUGUCAAGGGACAACAACCAGAGGUGCAUGAGAAACAACCACCGGAUAUCAUCCCUGCUGUGUGAUCCACAGGAAGGCUAUCUUCAGAUGCUGCAGGUUUCCAACCUGUACCUGUAUGACAGUGUGCUCAUGCUGGCCAAUGCUUUCCACAGAAAACUGGAGGACAGGAAGUGGCACAGCAUGGCAAGUCUGAACUGCAUGAGGAAAUCCACCAAACCUUGGAACGGAGGAAGAUCUAUGCUAGAGACUAUUAAGAAGGGCCACAUAACUGGAUUAACUGGUGUUAUGGAGUUCAGAGAAGAUGGAGCCAACCCCUAUGUCCAAUUUGAAAUACUGGGCACCAGCUACAGCGAAACAUUCGGCAAAGAUGUGCGGAGGUUGGCGACAUGGGACUCUGAGAAAGGACUGAAUGGCAGCCUCCAAGAGCGACGUCUGGGCAACGACUUACAAGGAGUGACACUCAAAGUGGUGACUGUCUUGGAAGAACCUUUUGUAAUGGUGGCAGAGAACAUCCUUGGGCAACCAAAACGAUAUAAAGGAUUUUCCAUUGAUGUCCUGGAUGCACUGGCCAAGAAUCUGGGCUUCAAGUAUGAGAUAUAUCAAGCUCCUGAUGGCAAGUAUGGACACCAGCUCCAAAAUAGCUCCUGGAAUGGCAUGAUUGGAGAACUCAUUAACAAGAGAGCAGACCUGGCCAUCUCAGCCAUCACUAUAACACCCGAGCGGGAGAGCGUGGUGGACUUCAGCAAGCGCUACAUGGACUAUUCUGUGGGGAUCUUAAUCAAGAAGCCCGAGGAGAAAAUCAACAUCUUCUCUCUCUUCGCUCCUUUCGACUUCGCGGUGUGGGCGUGCAUCGCCGCAGCCAUCCCCAUCGUCGGGGUGCUGAUCUUCGUGCUGAACCGGAUCCAGGCCGUGAGGGCGCAGAGCGCGGCGCAGCCCAGCCCGUCCGUGUCCUCCACCCUGCACAGCGCCAUAUGGGUGGUGUACGGGGCCUUCGUCCAGCAAGGGGGUGAGUCCACUGUCAAUUCUGUGGCGAUGCGCAUUGUAAUGGGAAGCUGGUGGCUCUUCACCCUUAUUGUGUGUUCUUCCUACACAGCGAAUUUAGCAGCAUUUCUCACAGUAUCAAGGAUGGAUAAUCCCAUAAGAACAUUUCAGGAUCUGUCCAAACAAAUGGAUAUAUCUUAUGGUACAGUCAGGGACUCAGCAGUGUAUGAAUACUUUAAAGCAAAAGGGACCAACCCUUUGGAGCAGGAUAACACAUUUGCUGAACUGUGGAGGACUAUCAGUAAGAAUAAUGGGGCAGAUAAUUGCGUAUCAAACCCUUCUGAAGGCAUCAGGAAGGCAAAGAAAGGAAAUUAUGCUUUCCUGUGGGAUGUGACAGUGGUGGAAUAUGCUGCACUGACAGAUGAUGAAUGCUCUGUGACAGUCAUUGGAAACAGCAUCAGCAGCAAAGGCUAUGGGAUAGCACUCCAACAUGGAAGUCCCUACAGAGAUCUUUUCUCCCAAAGGAUCCUAGAGUUGCAAGAAAGUGGAGAUUUGGAUGUUCUUAAACAGAAGUGGUGGCCACGGAUGGGACGUUGUGACCUGAAUAGCCAUACCAAUGCACAGACAGAUGGGAAGGCACUCAAGCUGCACAGUUUUGCAGGGGUUUUCUGCAUUUUAGCAAUAGGCCUUCUUCUUGCUUGCUUGGUGGCAGCAUUGGAGUUGUGGUGGAACAGCAACCGUUGUCAUCAAGAAACGCCGAAAGAGAGCAGAUACAGCAUGGGCAGCAGCAGUGCAAACUUCCCCUCAUUGCCCCACCAAUGUGCCUCAGCCCUGACCUGGAGAGACCACCUUUAGGGGUAAGAGAGUGGUUCAGAAACAUGUCCUCGGCCACUCUGCUGUGAGUGACGGGGAGGCCAGUCACGGGCACCCGGCUGUGCCACUUGUGGUGAUGUUUUCUCUGAUCUGAGCCCCCAUCCACUGGCUGGGAGACCCAUGUCCAUAUCCUGCACAGGCUCUGCAGCUGCCAGACGGCUGGUGGCUGCUCUCCUUCAUGGCUGACCUAGGCUGAGUUUGAAGAGGUACACAAGCAAUUAAAAAUAAAUCAGCUAGUUAAUAAUUGAAUAAGCCAUAUUGCCAUGACACUGUUUAAAUGCUUCCUUUCCUUUGAAGUCAGUUUUAUUUCUAAAAGUAGGAGCCUCUGAGGAAGCUGACCUUCAUAUAACAAGUUUUGUCUAGGAAAUUGUAUCUGAGAAGUUCUUGGGUUUGAAGUUUCCAUGCACAGCAGCCAGCAGUAGUUAGCAAUGCUAAGGUAGAAUAAUCUAUUCUCAGAUCUGUCUUGCAUGAAGCCUGUAUUUGUUUACAAAGAUUAAAUGUUUAACAAACUAACCUCUUGUAAUUUUGGAGACAUCGAGGCAUUUGUAGGUGCUUUCAUCUUGGAACAGAUGUUUGUUACAAGCAAACAAUAGCAUGUGAGCUGUGCUACUACACUACAGCUGGAAAAUAGUACAUAGCCCACCAAUUCUAAUCUCUCUUUCUCAAGUUGCAGGAGCAGUAGACUAAUUGACAUACCUGUCACCUGUAAGCAAUUUUGGAAAAUUGGAAACCUGGUCUAGUGGAUGGUGUCCCUGCCUGUGGCAGAGGGGUUGGAAUUGGGGAUCGCCAAGCUCUCUUCCAACCCAAAAAAGUUCUCUUCCAUAUCCUGUGAUUUUGCCCUGCUGCCUGGUUGAAGUUGCUCCUGUUGUGACUCCAAAAGUUCCCCCACAUAAGUGUUGUGACAGCCUGAAGCCCAGCAGCAGGUGUUGCACUGCACACGGUGAAAUCCUGCAGGGCAAGCGCAGGGAUGCUUUCCAAAGUCCUCAUGCUGUGUGCACAAGCACUUAUCUGGCCAUAGUAUGUGGUGUGUUCCCUUCUCUAUGCUCAGGGACUUGCCUUUGUGUAUCUUUCUAGAGUGAGAUGAGAAUAUGACCUAAAGGCAGUUUCAUAUAGCUAAGGUGAAGUAAUUGGCUCUUUUUUUUGCAAGGAGUUUUGAACACUCAGUUUCCAUUGCUGAAAAAGAAUCUGUCUUCCCAAGUUUAAAUAUUUUCUUUUUCACCCAUCCCCUUCCUUUCUUAUUUUAAUAACUCAAAGAAGGAUUAUUGCAUAUCUGUGUCUACCCCACCCCAUCUUUUCUUCUUUUCUCCCUUUCCCAUCCUUCUCCUCCUCUUUCCCUCCAGGUUGUUCUCAAUGAAGAUUGCUCUUGUAUGUCUGUAGUGCUCUUUGGCAGUUUCUUUGUCAAACAUAGAAUACUUUUAACCCUCUGUGUUUUCAGGUAAACUGAAGUUACUCCCAUGGUAGAGCUGUGCUUGGGGAGAUCACUGUCUGUGGGGCUGGGCCUGCCCUUGGAGCAGAACUAGGCUGGGUUAGAGGCAAAUUAAACUUAAACAGUGCAUGGACAGCUUCCAGAAAGAUCAGUGAGGGGGUUGCUGCCAGGAGAGGGGGAACAGAGUCAGCAGGAGUCCUGGCACAGCAGGUGUAAAGGCUGAAUGAGGAGGUGCAUGUUCCCAGUGAGAGAGCACAGGGCUGGGCCGAGCCAGCUGGAGGAAGGUGUACGGAGGGUAUGGGAGGAUGGGCUGGAAUGAGGGGUCCCAUGAAGGGAACAGCCAGGUGCAAUGCCAGGCAGCCAGAUGGAGGCACCUUUGGGUCAAUCAGAGCAGCCACAGGGAAGGGUGAUAGUUGCCCAGAGCCAGGGACAGGCAGGAUCCUCAGGAACCCUCUGCCUAGGACAAUGGCCACAUUGCUCUGGCCCUGCUGCACACCAGGGAUUGGGGGCUCUUGUCACAGUGACCACAACAUCCACUCAGCUAAAUUAGUAAAUGAAUGUAGCAGUAUUUCCUGGCAGAUUAGUGGCCUGAUGUAUUUAUGUACUACCAGUGAGGAGGAUUGAAGUGGGACAUCCGAUGGCUACUGCAAUUAAGGUAGGAACACAAGUUUUGAAAGAGAUGGUGAAUAUAGGUUGAAGGUUUUUGACGUGUUUAGAAGAACCAACUUUCAAAACUAUGGGAAGGACAGGAUCCAGGGCUGAGGGGGAGUCUUGGGUUCUCCUCUGUUUGAUCCAGGAGCAGUGGCUGAGCCUGGCAUAGGGCUCAGCUAAAUCAAAAGCACAAGGAGGAGUGUGUUCAGGACAGCUCAUUGCUAGCACUGUGCAUUAACCAGCAUUUCUACAGCAAGAGCUAUGAUGGCACAGCUACAGGAUGAGUAGCAUAGACCAAACAUUAAAAUCUGCCUUUUAGCUGCUUCUGGUACUCCAGCCAAGUCAUUAGUUCAGUAAGAGAUGCAAACUCAAGUGAUGCUGCUGAUUUUCUUCUGCUUUUAGGAAGGCUUUGGCAAAACGCAAGUGUUGUGAUAUCACCUAAAAGUUGUGGGAACUGGGAUGUCUCUCAUCCACUUCCUUCUGUGAAGCAGAGCUUGUGGAGGGUAACAGAAAAGGCUAAUUUUCUUGCAGUCUGAGAUAGACUUUGAUGUUGCCUAUGAGGCAAAGAGAAAGUGGCAACAUUGGGCUACUGUAGCCCUCACCCUGUUAGGAGCUUUAUAAAUCCCUUGGAAAAAAUUCUAUUGGAACCAGAAUUGAACAAGGAGUUCUCCUGACUUAUGAAGCCCUUGUGUUGCAUUCUCACUUUGACAUGACUUACUUGGUUGGUUGUAUCAUGUCAACAAUUGCCAACUCAAAAAAAAAAUAAAUUUUGGGACGAUGAAUAUACAGCUACUAUGGCAGAUUUAUGACAGAGUUGGGUGGCAUGCAGCUUGCUGGAGAGAGAGAAAAAGCAUUUUUUAGAGACUCUUACUUUUUAUGUUGAGGGUCUGUGAAGUCCGUGGCUAGAAAAAUGUUCAUUGCCUUCAUUGGCAUUGGAGUAAUAUUUUCAGCUGACAUUAAAGUGGUGUUUUUUGCCAGUUUGUUAUCUUUGCUUUUUCCAUUUUGUAUUCCUUAGGCUUUUUUGGAGGUUAGGCUGAACCAAUACACUGAUGUCAACGGACUCAGAUGUCUGCAUGGUAUAAAUCACAGCUCUUAAUUACACUGAGUGUGAAGAAUGUAGGAUUAACUAUGAGACGAACAGAAGCCUGUCUUUUGAAACCCAACAACAUUACUUGGAUGUUGGUAUUAACCUGAUCUACAUUUGUAGACUUCAUAGGAAGUGUUAUGUCAAGGAGAUGCUGCUUCCAAUUAGAAUUUUUUUACAUUUUUCACACAUGAAAAAACAUAACCCCACAAAAAUUAUUAAAAAAAAUAGUAUUGUUCCUAUGCACUAAGUCAGUUCAUUAAGAAAAACCUCCAGGAAAGAUGUAUUACCUUUAUUUUUCCGUGUUGCCAUUGGUUCACGAUUUUAUCUUUCAAGAAAUAGUGAAAUUUCUUGCUAGAAGAGCAAAUGCUGGGUUGGUCUUUUUUGGGAUAUUGAUACAAGAUAUUUUGAUUCUAUUUGAUGGAGAUUUGUAAAAAUGUUCCUAAUGAGUUCUGCUGUACAAAUUUUAAUGUUUUCCCUAUUUAAUCCUUAUCAGAUCAGAUUAACAAAAGAAAGAUUAGCUCCAGCAUCAGGAAAAAAUAUACUGCUGCAACACCAUGCCACAUUCUUCUAUUAGGGCUCAAGUUUGCAAUCUUUUCAAGAUGGAAAAUAUCUGGUAAUGUUAAAAUUGCCUUAUUACUUUCUAACUCAGAAAAACUUGCACUAGGUCAUCUUUUUCCAAAGAGAUAUUCUGGAAUUUGUAAUCACCCUCUACUCAUUGUUAGCACCCAGCCAUCCAAUACCCACAGUGAAACUGAGCCAGCUCAUACAUCUAUCUCUGUGUUAAAAUCUUGAAUUUACACAGCUGCUGCUUAGCCUGAAAUACUGAUUCCUAAUCUUUUGAUUUCUAUAAGCUUCAGAAAAUUAGGGAGUUGUGAAAAAUUAAUAUUUAUUCUUGAGUUUUUGUUCAGUCACUUUAUGUCCCUGUUAAAUGACUCAGCAAUCAGAUACAGUUACUAAAACCUGGUACCAUAUAAAUGUCGACCUUUUGACAGUUGCCUCUGGAUUUCUUUAACUUUUUGUGUGAGUCCUAUGCAUUUAUUUAACAAUAUCAGUAAGCCAUAAUGUAAUUUGAAUCAUUUAACAGCCAAGGGCUUUGCCACAUCAUCAGAUUGUUGGUAUCUUCUAUCCCCUUUGAAAGGAUGAAAGGCAGUUUUCACAUCUUUGUUGUCACUAUGAUCCAGUGUGGCUGCUUCCUGCAAUGGGCUCCCCAGCAUCCUCUGUGCUUUAUCAGCUGUGCCUUUGUGUGAUGUGCUGUUCCUCUGAAGAGUAUUACUUCUGAGAUCUCAUCAGAACUGUGAAGAAAGCAUUCCUAGUUCAUCCAUACACUACAAAACAAUGGAAACUUAUAUGCAAAGAUAAAAUAUCCUACUAUUCAUGGAAAGAAAGUUAAAUUCUCAUAUUUUUCACUGUGCAUGAGAUUUUUCACUAAGAAAUUAAAAGGCAAGCCCAUGUUAAACAAAAUUAGUCAUUUGUGCAGGAUGCUUUUUUGUUUUCUGGGAUCUGAUACUUGUAUCUCUCAUAAGUAGUGAAAUUGAUUCACUUAUAUUUGAUGUAGCUCUUGAGAGACAAUGUUAGAAUGACCCUAAGAAAUUCUGGGUUUGAUUCUUUCUUUGCACAGAUAAUAUAUAUGUUUAAUCAAAUAUCUAUUUUUCCAAACCAGCUGUGCUAUUCCUAGUGAUCUGAGUGUUUCAGAGACUGGACCCAGUGUGUUUGGGAAUCUGUAGUGCAAGAAGAUUUGGGGGUUUUACUGGUUAAGGCACAGCAUAGUUUUCCACCUCCUGUGUUGCUUCUAGUCAUUGUCUUUAACUUGUGUCAAAUUUAUAAUUCAUUAACAAUCAGUCUUCCCAGCUUAGGUUGUGAUUUCUUUCCUUUCUUAUGCUUCUGCAAAAUCAUUUUAUUCAAUAGACUCUUUUCCCUUUUCUGUUCUUUUUAUUUUUUAAUUAUUAAAAGGUGGCAGCAUUUAAUUUACUGUUCAGAGUGGUAAGGGUCUUGUGUACUAGUAACAGCACCUUAUAAUUCCUAUUUCCUGCUACUCCAUGCUUAAUAAUGUCUUGAAUCUCAAAAGGUCUAGACUCUGUGAGCUUUAUGAGAUUGUGGGAGGUAGCAAAAUUAUUCUAAAAAUUGUCACAAGUAUUUUAUCAGUACACAGUGUGAAGGAAAAAAAAAAACCCACCUAUAUCUCUGGCCAGGGAAGCCUUUUUGUGAUCUGCCUUAAACUCCCUCACUUCUGUGUCCACUGAUGUGCAAAUUCCAGCCUACCUCAGAAAUCCAUUCUUCCAGUUUUAGCCGUCAUGAAAGUUACCCACUAAGACUUCUUCUGGCAUUAGAAGAGCAGGAAUCCCAGUGUACCUUACAAAUGGAAAAAGGAGCUGGCAGACACGAGGCCAAUGGGUCCAGUUUUGUCACUGCUAAGAAUUGUGAUCUGUACUGUGUUCAUCUCACUUUAGUUCUCCAGCCAGACACUAUUCCAUGGCAGUCAAGGCUUCUGUACCUUUGGCAUGGUGUCAGCAGUGUUGGUUUUGAUUAUUAAAGAGUCUCUUGCUUUCACCAUUAUUUUCACUUUCCUUGUCUUUCCUUGUCACUUCAUUUACCUUGUCUCCUUUGUGGUCUUAUCUUUUUAUGUGAUAAUUUUAUUUGCCCCAAGAUGGUUCCUUUUGAGAGUGAAAGGAAACAUGAGAUCAUCAAAUCGAUAUUUUAUUUUCCCUUCAUUGCAUGUUCUCUAUAUUUUAUCUUGUUUUUAUUUUAAAUUAUUUUUUCUGUAUUUUAAUGACAUGUCUGAAAUCUUUGUACAUUUUUUGCUCAGUUGCAUAUAAAUUAUCAUUUGUUUGUACUACUGUAUUGUAUUCUACUUUUCUAAGAAUAAAUAAAGGUUUGUUUGGGGAAAAUAAAUCACGUAAACAUUGGCAAAAUAAUGCAUUUUAAUGCCAUCUAGAAAUUCCGUUUCAAACCGGCUUUGAAUGUAAUAAGCUGAGGAACUUCAUUUAACUAGCGUUUUUAAAUCAGCAAAGAGCUGUUAGGAAUCAGUCAACCCAGAAUGCAAAGUUUAAGGUUGUUUGAUGAUAAAGUAUAAGCUGGGAGAACCAGUCCAAAAAAAAAAAAAAAAAAAAAAA